AUGGCCUUCUUCCACAUCCCUUUCUUCCACAAGAACCGCAACGGUAUUGUCCCUCACCAUGACGAACACUCCAAAGAAUCAUCGGACCACAAGGACGACCACAAGGAAGAAGAUCAUUCGAACUCUCACUCUCACUUUCAUUGGCACUCGAAUCUCUUCCUACUCGCCAGCAACAAGAAGUUCAUGAAUGACCCUACACGUACCAGUGACCAUCCAGACGUAGUUGGUUACUACUAUGACCCCAUGAGCGUUGGUUCCCACCGUCAUCACGGAUACGAGUACGACAUCACAAACACUGGUGCAUAA